AUGAAUUUGGUGAGGACAAAUUGUCGACCACUCGAAGAAUUAAGAAAAAGAAUUGUUACUUCAAGACAAACCCCUUGGAAAUCCCAAACGUGCCGGUAUUACAAAACAGAAAUGAGCGGCUACCGUAAUCUUGACAUUGAGUUCAAAAAACCAGUUCUGGAUGAUAGAAAUUACCGUCUUAUUGAAUUGCCCAAUAAAUUGAAGGCUCUUUUGAUCCAGGAUCCAGAAACUGACAAAUCUGCAGCGUCGCUGGACGUUAACAUUGGGUCGUUUGAAGACCCUGAAGAAUUACCAGGUCUGGCUCAUUUUUGCGAGCAUCUCCUGUUUAUGGGGAGUUCCAAAUUUCCCAACGAAAAUGAGUAUUCUAGCUAUUUGAGCAAACACGGUGGCGGAUCUAAUGCAUACACAAGUUCUCAAAACACAAACUACUUUUUCCAGAUCAACCAUGAAAACUUGCACGGUGCACUGGACAGGUUUUCGGGCUUCUUCAGCUGUCCGUUGUUCAACAAGAAUUCCACCGACAAGGAAAUAAAUGCCGUGGACAGCGAAAACAAAAAAAAUGUGCAAAGCGAUCUUUGGAGAUUGUACCAGCUCGAUAAAUCACUUACGAGCGACAAACAUCCCUUCCACAAAUUUUCAACGGGUAACUUGAAAACAAUGGGUAGUAUCCCGAGUUCAAAUGGUCUCGAUAUCCGGGAAGAAUUGCUUAAAUUCUAUAACUCCUCUUACUCUGCCAACCUAAUGAAGCUCUGCGUUUUAGGAAGGGAAGACUUGGAUACCAUGUCAGAAUGGGUGUACGAAUUGUUCAAAGACGUUCCCAAUUCAGACCGCUCGGCUCCAUUUUAUGAUGCCAAGAUGUUGCCAUCAGAUUGCUUGCUAAAAAUCAUAAAGGCCAAACCAGUGAAAGAUUUGAAAAAGGUGGAGGUGACAUUUGCAUGCCCAGAUGUCGACAAACAAUGGGAAUCCAAGCCAGGCCAUUUCUUGAGCCAUCUGAUCGGUCAUGAAGGUUCAGGGUCACUAUUGGCUCAUUUCAAAGCCAUGGGAUGGGCCAAUGAGCUGUCAGCGGGUGCUCACACUGUCUCUGAGGGCAAUGCCAUUUGCUCCGUUGACAUUGACCUGACUGACGAUGGAAUUGAAAAAUAUGAGGAAAUAGUGGUCGCGGUGUUCCAGUAUUUAGAAAUGCUGAAACAAGACCUUCCGCAAGAUUGGAUUUUCACGGAAUUGCGCGACAUCGCAGAAGCAAAUUUCAAAUUCAAACAGAAGGGCAACCCUUCCUCAACCGUCUCAGCCCUAUCAAAAGCGCUCGAAAAGGACUUCAUACCAGCUGGGGAUAUCCUAAGCACAGGUUUGUUGCGUAAAUAUGAGCCCCAAGCUGUCAUGUCUUACUUGAAGGCUUUGACACCCGAAAACUCUCGUGUGACGCUAAUCCAUAAAAAUGUUGAAACUGAUUCAGUUGAAAAGUGGUACGGUACUGAUUACAGUAUCGUAAAGUAUCCCGAUGGUUUACUGAGCAAGCUGAAAACUCCCGGUUUGAAUCCUCGCCUGCGUCUACCUCGACCAAAUGAAUUUAUUUGUACCAAUUUCCAAGUCGACAGGCAAGAAAUAAUUGAGCCCUUGCAAGAGCCAUUGCUGUUGAAAGAUGAUGGCCAAAGCAAGUUGUGGUACAAGAAAGAUGAUAGAUUUUGGGUUCCUAAAGGUCAUGUAUAUGUCUCGAUGAAGCUACCUCAUACUUACUCUAGCGUCAUCAACAGCAUGCUCACCACUCUCUACGUUGAUCUAGUCAAUGAUUUCCUCAAAGAUCUAGAGUACGAUUCUCAAGUGGCUAGUUUACACAUCAGCUUUAGAAAAACAAACCAAGGGUUAGAUCUUUCGCUGAGCGGCUACAACCAGAAAAUCACUACACUAUUAACGAGAUAUUUACAAGGGAUUUCAGAAUUUUCGCCUUCUGAGUCAAGGUUUAAAAUAUUCCGAGACAAGCUUGUUCAAAAAUUGAACAAUCACUUGUAUGAGGUCCCAUAUUCGCAAGUUUCCGAUGUUUACAACUCCAUUGUAAACGAAAGAUCAUGGACCAUUUUGGAGAAGAUAGAUGUUGUGAAGCAAUUGUCAUAUGAGCAUUUGAAAAGCUUUAUACCAACCAUGUACGAGCAGUUUUUCUUCGAAACAUUAGUGCAUGGAAACUUCAAGCAAGAAGUCGCUAUUGAGAUUGACGAGUUGAUCAAAAUCUUAGCUCUCUCUGACAUCAAAGUCGGUCAUUUGAAGAGUUCGAAACCUAGAUCGGUUUUGCUACCAGAAGGGAAAACGUUCUUUUACGAGCAACAACUGGCUGAUGAUAAAAACAUAAACUCUUGCAUCCAACAUGUUACGCAGCUGGGCGUUUUCUCCGAAGAGCUAUCUGCCAAGGCUGCGUUACUUGCGCAAUUGAUUGAUGAGCCUGCCUUUGACACUUUGAGAACAAAAGAACAACUAGGCUAUGUGGUUUUCAGCUCAGCUCUGAACACACACGGCACAAUUAAUUUGAGAAUUUUGAUCCAGUCCGAGCGUGAUACAGCAUACUUGGAGUCGAGGAUAGAAUCGUUUUUGACCAAGACGGAAAAGAACAUAGACGAAAUGAGUGAAGACGAAUUUGAAGGACACAAGACAGCGCUUUGUAAGACAUUGCUGCAAAAAUACAAGAACUUAUCUGAGGAACAUAUCCGUUUUACUACGACAAUUUACGUUGGAGACUACAACUUUGUCAAUAAGGAGAGAAAGGCUCGGUUAAUCGAGAAGCUAAGCAAAGCGGAAAUUUUGCAGUUUUACCGCACGCAUGUCAUGUCUAAAGCGUCGUCCAAGCUGAUCGUUCACCUAAAGUCUCGGGUGCAAGAUGAAGAGGCGAAAAAGAGAGACUUCGUGAGCGGGUACCCAGCUGGGGAGCGGAUUUUCGAUAUCGGCCGUUUCCAGAGCAUGGUAAGUUUGGCACCAGCCCGUCAACCAGUGAAGAAGAUCGAAGUGACGCCGAAAUUAUAG